UUUCUGAAAAUGUAAAAAACAUUUUAUGGUGACUCUUUUAUUUGUAUAGCCUCAUCAGAAUGGGUCCAAAAUAGACAUAGAAAUGAAAAUAUGUUGAUCUAUAUCAACAGCUAUUCUAGAAAUGCUAGUGAGGCUGCUCUAAUGUCGCUCCAAGCCGGGCUACAAAUGGCCCCCGGCCCGGAGAUUUCUGUCAACAGGUAACGUUUUAGCCCCGCCCACAUCACCGUCGGUGGCCCCUCCUCCUUAGUGCUGGACAACAAAGCAGAGUUGGCAUUUAUUUCAGGGACGGAGUUUAUUGAGGCAAACGACGUCAUUUCUUUACCAGUUUGCUCUGGUCCAACAUGGAGAAGACGCGUCUACUUUACACCAGUUUGGCUCUACCGACCGAACCGCGGUCUUGGUCCAGAAGCAGGCUAACCGACCCGGGCUUCAGAGUUUCGCAGCAGGUUCGGCUCACAAUGAGACAGCGGCAAAAGAGCAGCUCAGCAGACGGUGGAGUCAAUUCAAUCACAUUUACAACAAACUCUGUUGAUGCCGCUGAUGGGUCUUUGUCUCGCUCAAAGACUAAUAAAUCAGCCCUCCAUAGCUCGUCUUUAACCAAUUAUGAAUUGAAAUCAUCCAGGAGCAUGGCAGCACCUCAAAAAUCCUUGAUGGAUGUGUUCAGCACUAAUUCUACUGUGCGUCGCACAACAAACACCAUUGCACAUGGCAGUGAAACUCGGGGCAAAGGGGACAGCCAGAAGACCCUGAACCAAAAAUCCUCACAGCUGUCUGUAAACAGCACAAGGGUAAAAAGGAAUUUGGGAAAUAAUCCUCCAAAGAUGACGCUGGAGAAGGCUGUACACUUUCUCCUGAAUCAGAACGAGGAAAAGCUGAUUGCUGGAGCUUCCCACAUACAACAUGAAUGCUUCCGUGACCAAUGUGCCAAAAGUACGAUUCAGAGGCUGGGCGGCAUUGAAAAGCUUUUGCCACUUCUUGGUAAUGAAAGUGAGAACGUGCAGUGUGCCGCCGCCGGAGCCCUGCGCAACGCCGUCCACCGGCAUAAUGACAAUAAGUGGAAAGUGAAUGAGUGCAAUGGCAUUGAAGCCAUUUUGAGUGCACUGAAAAGCAGCUGUUCUAAGGAGACAAUACGCCAUCUCACAGGUCUUUUGUGGAAUCUAUCUGCUUAUGAGGACUUAAAAGAGAUGUUCCCUGAAGAAACUGCAUCAAUCCUCACCAAAACAGUCCUGGUGCCGACCUCUGGCAUUUUCAAAGAUGAUAAUCCAAAACAUGAGCUUAAUGCUGACACCGAAGCUUUCUGCAAUGCAUUAAACUGCAUACAAAAUCUGAGCUCUGCAGGAGACAACACCAGGAAAGUUCUAAGAGACUGUGAGAAUCUCAUUGAUUCUCUUGUUUACUAUAUCAGAAGAACUGUGGACGACAAAAAUGCUGAUGACAAGUCAACAGGAAUCUCUGUGCACAUUCUGCACAACCUGACAUAUGAGUUUGAACCAGAGCUUCCAAAGAAGAUUACACGAUGUUCCAGUGAAUCUCAGAAAAACGUGGCUUCCGAGCGGACGCGUGUUGGCUGUUUUCCACGUCGCACUGCAAAGGUCACAAAGGAUCCAGAGGAAGAGUCACCUGUGCUGAAGGAGCAAACAUCCCCCCAAGGUUCGGAGUAUCUGUGGAGUUCCAUCACCAUGCGGUUGUACCUGUCGCUGCUGGUCUGCAGCCAGAAUGUCACAACGCAGCUAGCUGCCAUUGGGGCAUUGCACAAUGCCACCGCUGGAAGCGGAGAGAUGCCAAAAAUUGUGGCUGCCACUUUAAAAAGGGAGAAAGAUACACUCAAAGUCAUCGAGACGUUUUUACAAAAGAAAGAUGAGAACUUGAUGAAGGCAGCCAUUUCUCUGACCAGAAACCUCUCUCAACACAGAGUAUUCCAGUCUACCAUUGUGAACAAGAUGUUGCCAGAAAUAAACAAUUUAUUGGCAGAAAGAAAAGAGGUGGUGCCUUUGUGUCAGAUUCUCAUUAAUCUGUGCUGGAAUAGUACGGAGAACAGCAGAGCUGUCCUCGAAGAGGAUAUCCUGCCAAAAAUAAUAUACACAAGCAAAUUAGAAAACAGCUAUGAAGAGAUCAAGAAAGCAAGUAUCCUGCUACACAUAAUGUGGAAUCACAAUGAGCUCCGUAAGGACUUCAAGGCUGUGAGUUUUCCCACACAUAAAACGAAACGCUUAAAAAAAUCUGAUUUCAUCAACAAAAACACAAAACGGGCUUUGGAGGCUGUGAAGGAAAAGUAACACUAUCUUCCGUUUCCUGUUAUUAAUCAUCUUCAUCAGUGACACUUUCUUAAUGUUUAAGGACACAAAAACAUGAUGAAGCAUUUUUCUAAACGAGUACACUUUUUUGUUUGUUUACCCUUUUGAUUGUUGCUGUGGUGUGACUUUGAGGACAUACGUGUCAUUUUAACUGCAUGAAACUAGCGGCAUCGUUUUAUUUCAUAACAAAAAAUCACACAUGUUUGCACUAAAUACUUGCCUUUUUGGACCUUUUAAGCCAUCUAAAUACAUUCAGCACACUGUUGCAGUUCCUUAGGGCCUUACUGACAAAUGACUGUAGAUGUUUUGAAAUAUUGGAGUAUUUUUUUAAAUGAUUUAAACUAAGUAUUUGUAGUAUGUGGUUUUUCUUUCUUGUACUAAAUAUUCUCAUGAAUGAUAGAAAAAUAAUUGUUUUUAAUAUUUGAAACGAACAUGAAGGGGCUCAUAAAUUAAUGUAAAAUGCCUAUUUAAUUGUGUUUUCUGAAAUAAACUGUUUUAAAGGAAAAAGCUGAACUUAA